AUGGCCGCAUCCACCCUGUCCGUCUGCUCCAGCGACCGGAGCUACGGCAGCCGCGUCUGCCUGCCCGGCUCCUGUGACACCUGCUCCGACUCCUGGCAGGUGGACGACUGCCCAGAGAGCUGCUGCGAGCCCCCCUGCUGUGCCCCCGCCUGCUGUGCCCCCUCCUGCUGUGCCCCCUCCUGCCUGACCCUCAUCUGCACCCCUGCGAGCUGCGGGUCCAGCCCCUGCCAACCAGCCUGCACCAGCUCCUGCCAGCCCUCCUGCUGCAGCUCCUCCCCCUGCCAGGAAGACUGCUGUGUGUCUCUCUGCUGCAAGCCCGUCUGCUGCACCCCUGUCUGUUGCAAGCCCGUCUGCUGCACCCCUGUCUGCUGUGAGGCCUCCCCCUGCUCAGCCUCUUCAUGCUGCCAGCAGUCUAGCUGCCAGCCCUCCUGCUGCAGCUCCUCCCCCUGCCAGGAAGACUGCUGCCAGCCUGUCUGCUGCACCCCUGUCUGCUGCAAGCCCGUCUGCUGCACCCCGGUCUGCUGCAAACCCGUCUGCUGCACCCCUGUCUGCUGCAAGCCCGUCUGCUGCACCCCUGUCUGCUGCAAGCCCGUCUGCUGCACCCCUGUCUGCUGCAAGCCCGUCUGCUGCACCCCUGUCUGCUCCGGGCCCUCCUCCUGCUGCCAGCCCAGCCCCUGCUCCUUGUCCUGCUGCAGACCUUCCUCCUGCAUGUCCCUGCUCUGCCGCCCCGUGUGCAGGCCCGCCUGCUGCCUGCCCGCCUCGGCCCAGAAGUCCUGCUGCUGACGGGGCCCGUCUUCCCCGGGGCCAGCUGGGCUCAGGACCCACCCAGUGACCGUGGUCCUCCCCACCCCCUCAGUGCGGUCCUGACCUGUUAGGUGGCUGCCCACACCCAGGACAGCGUCUACC